AUGGCGGAAAACGCAGACAUCGAUUUGUGCAAGUUUUUUCUUGAGGAGAUUCCCUCACUUUACAACCAGGCUCAGCGGACUCUUCAUUGUAAUGAUAUCAAUGUCUUGGAAUUCUUUGAAAGACGACUGGAUGAUCACAUCCAUGUUAUCAAAGCUGUCAUCGAUCAAUGCCAACAAAUGACUGAAAUGAGAGUCAACGAGGAGUUGAUUGAACUCUUACUUACUGUUCAUCGUCAAGUCAACUGUUUGUACGAAAACGUGCAGGAACUUUGUUUUAUGCACCGCGAUUACCAUUUGGAACUGGGAUUUGUGUGCCCUGUCGAACAAAUUGAACAUGCUGGCAGACCAAGAUUUCAUGUACCGCCACAAAUGAUAUCUGGUUUGUACGACAUUCAUCGAUCUUGGGUAGAGGUUGCAAGAGAGGCAGGCGUUUCUUACCGAACGCUUUUACGAAGACGUCACCAGUAUCAGCUUCCUGUGGCUCAAAUUCGCGGCCCAAGAAACAACUUUUCAGAAAUUUCUCAGGACCAUUUGUGCGAUGCUGUGACACAAGUGUUGCAUUUAUUACCAAAUGCUGGCGAAACGUACAUGAUUGGAGCUUUAAGGAGCCGAGGAAUUUUUGUGCAGAGAUGGAGAAUUCGAGAAGCUAUUUAUACCGUGGAUCCAGUCAGCAGGGCCCUGAGGCGCCAACGAGCAGUGACCAGGAGAUCUUACAAUGUUCCUUGUCCAAAUGCUCUAUGGUAA